AUGGUACUAAUGUCUCAGGCAAGUCAAUCCCAUGGCAUUCGUACUGAGAUUUUGCUAUGUAAAUCAUCUGUAAACAACACGAGUGCAUUUAGACCUAGGAUCUCAACCAUUACCUUUCCAUGGGAUUCCUCCUCCAAGAGUAGCCAAAAGAUGCAUCAUGUAGAUGCCAUUGGUGUAAAAUCCAAACGAGGAAAUCAAGUAAUUGUUGCUGCAAGUCCUCCCACAGAGGAUGCAGUGGUUGCUACAGACCCACUUACAAAAGGAGAUCUUGUGGGGUACCUUGCUUCUGGAUGCAAGCCUAAGGAAAAUUGGAGAAUAGGAACUGAACAUGAAAAGUUUGGGUUUGAGUUGAAAACAUUGAAGCCUAUGACGUAUGGACAAAUAGCAGAUCUGCUGAAUGCUAUUUCUGAGAGAUUUGACUGGGAGAAAAUCAUGGAAGGGGACAAUAUAAUUGGGCUUAAACAGGGAAAACAAAGUAUAUCUCUGGAACCUGGUGGUCAGUUUGAGCUUAGUGGUGCUCCUCUUGAAACUCUCCAUCAAACCUGUGCAGAAGUGAAUUCACACCUUUACCAGGUGAAAGCUGUUGCUGAAGAGAUGGGAAUUGGAUUUAUAGGUAUUGGUUUCCAGCCAAAGUUGGAAAGAAAAGAUAUACCUAUAAUGCCUAAGGGAAGAUAUGAGAUAAUGAGGAAUUACAUGCCUAAAGUUGGUACUCUUGGACUUGACAUGAUGUUCCGGACAUGUACUGUUCAGGUGAAUCUGGAUUUCUCUUCUGAAGCAGACAUGAUAAGGAAGUUCCGUGCUGGUCUUGCUUUACAACCUAUUGCUACUGCACUGUUUGCAAAUUCACCUUUUACAGAAGGAAAGCCGAAUGGUUAUCUCAGCAUGAGGAGUCAAAUUUGGACGGACACUGAUAAUAAUCGUGCUGGGAUGCUUCCUUUUGUGUUUGAUGAUUCUUUUGGGUUUGAGCAAUAUGUGGAAUAUGCCCUGGAUGUCCCUAUGUAUUUUGUGUAUCGGAAGCACAAGUAUAUCGACUGUGCUGGAUUGUCCUUCAGGGACUUUUUGGCAGGAAAACUUGCUCCAAUUCCAGGAGAAUAUCCAACUCUGAAUGAUUGGGAGAAUCACCUCACAACAAUAUUUCCUGAGGUGAGACUGAAAAGGUAUUUGGAAAUGAGGGGUGCUGAUGGGGGACCAUGGAGGAGGUUAUGUGCAUUGCCUGCAUUUUGGGUGGGCAUAUUGUAUGAUGAUGAUUCUUUGCAAAAAGUUUUAGACAUGACGGCCGAUUGGACUGCAGAAGAAAGACUAAUGUUGAGAAAUAAGGUGCCUGUAAGUGGUUUGAAAACCCCAUUCCGUGAUGGAUUGCUGAAACAUGUUGCUGAAGAAGUUGUAAAUUUUGCAAAGGAUGGGCUCGAGCGGAGAGGAUACAAGGAAACAGGAUUUUUAAAUGAAGUGACGGAGGUUGUUAGAACAGGUUUAACACCAGCAGAGAAGCUCCUGGAAUUGUUGUCCAUAUUUCCUCCUCUUAUUCUGAAUAAGCUGUGACACCAAUGAUAUGAUGAUGGAAAAACAUGCGAUCAUUAUUAUUAUUGCAGCAGUCAGUCAGUGAGUGAGUUGUACACCUACCUACCUGCAUUCUGCAGAAUAACUUACGAAUGAGUGAUCUGUGUCUGUGUACUUUUGUUUUUAGUUUUGUAAGAAAAUAUUGUUGUAUCGAAUUAUGAAAACUGAAGCAUCUUUAUCUUUAUGGUUGUUUCCUCUAAAUUCCUAAGUAGACAUCAUACUGACAUAUGAGACUAGUCUCUGUCAACAUCCAUAUAAUAUGCAAGCA